GUGGUCAUCGUAGGUUCAGUACUUAGUCACUCGUUCGCGUUCAAACUACACACCUUAAAGAUGCAUAUGAAAAUUAUUUUUAUUUUCGCGUUAUGCGGUUUCGUUCAUUCAAAGUUGAUAAGUUUAUCGUGUAAUCAAAUUCGCGGUAUUGUCGAUGGUCACAACUUUCGUAGGCAGCAGUUGGCUCAAGGAGCGGUACCUGGACAUCCCGCCGCCUCUGAUAUGAAAUAUAUGGUUUGGGAUGAAGAAUUGGCUGCAAAAGCUAGGAAGUGGGCUUCGAAUAAUGUAUUCGAACAUAAUCCAGACAAAACUAUCGGCUCUGGUAGAUUUAAAACAGGUGAAAACCUAUACUAUUUCGGCAGUAGCAAUCCGGAUGCCAAAUUAAAUAUAGAACAAGGUCUUAGUGCGUGGUUUGAUGAAUACAAAGACUACAGUUACGGUCCGAUGACGAGAAGCCUAUUUGAUGGUUCAUCACAAGUUCAAAUUGGUCAUUACACGCAGAUGGCGUGGGCUGACACAACUUACGUUGGUUGUGGAUUAUCACAAUAUUCGGAGAAUAGUAUGAAAACGUUCCUCCUUGUUUGUAAUUACGGGCCAAGCGGUAACAUCUUAGGGCAGGUGCCGUAUACAGCGUCAGAGGAGGGCAGCGAAGGCCUUGUGUGCAGCAUUGGAGAUUGCAGCAUGCCCUACGGGGAUAAUUGUUGAUACUUUCAUUCUAUGCGUAUUGUAUAAUCCAGGACAUUUACUUUCGACCCAUUACGAUGAUAAUGAAUUAAUUCUCCCAAUUCAAUUAAGUCCAAAACUUAUCUAGCUAUAUACAUACAUAAGUUCAAAAUAGUUCUUGUGG